UUUUACAUGCUUGUUCGUCCAUAGAAUGACCUAUAGGAUCUCUGUUAACCUACAUAUUGUAACAAUGUUUGUUCGUCCAUAGAAUGACCUAUAGGAUCUCUGUUACCCUACAUAUUGUUACCUGCUACAAUGCGUGUCACAUGUUGUAACUAACAGCGUUUGUUAUUGCUCCAAUGCUUUGCUCUUCUACGAGGACAGACUGCAGUAUUGUUUUCCCCCACAGGUUUUGUAAGUACUUCCUGGAUGACAUAGAGAGCAACGAGUAUGGUUGGUUCCGGGUCUGUCCCGGGGGAGGAGACAACUGUAUGUACCGUCGUGCUCUUCCUGCCGGGUUCGUCCUCAGGAAGGUCAAGACGAAAGAAGACUCACUGGAGGAGCUGAUCGAGAAUGAGCGAUCAGCCCUGGGUCCUAACGUCACCCGUAUCACUCUGGAGACGUUCCUAGCCUGGAAGACGAGGAAGAGAACUAGAGGAUGAGCAGGACAUGAAGAGGAAGAGACACUAGAGGAUGAGCAGGACAUGAAGAGGAAGAGGGCUGAUUUAUCAGCAGGCAGGUCACUGGGGGUGAGUGGUCGUGAAGUGUUUGAGUUCCUCCCCGACCUGGUUGACGACGAUGAUGCAGAGACAGAUGAUACCAAGGGCGAUGAUGAUGGUGACGAGGAUGCUGGGAUCACAGUGGCGUCAGCAGACCGGGUCGUUGCCAGACCUCGGCCCACUAAGGACACAGAUGACAGACAAACUGAGUGAGGCUUGUGGUGGAGGAGAACGGAGUGAACGGAGAGGGGGACACGGAGGAUGUCCCUGUAGACGAGAACCUGUUCACUGGAGAUUAUCUGGGCGAGGUAGAGGAGGAGCUCGACACGCUGGAUCUGGACCAACAAGACAAGGGCUGAAUUUAACUGAAUCGGCUCGUUUUGUGAAUUGAAUCAAAUAGAAAUCGGCUCGUUUUUGAAUCGAAUCAACUUAUUUGUGUUGAAUUGUCUCUUGAGUUUGGGCGGCUCAUUCCUUGGACAAAAGGCUUAAAAGUGAAUGAUGAUGUUGCACAAUUAACAAUAACAACCUCGCCCUGGGAAUAUCACAGCCCUCUUUGUUCCUCGGCAUCCAAAAGACAAAGAUCCUUUUCUCCAGCAGAACAACCAGAGGAGUAAAUGUUGACAACUUUACAAACUCUUAUUUUCCUCCUUUUAAAAAUGCAUGUUUUAUUUUAAAAUGCGUCUGACUGUCUGCCACUCAGAAAUCCCAGUUAAUAACAGGAGAUUAUCAUUCUUUAAUUGAUGUGCUGAUCUGCCCUGUCUUUUCCUUCAUACGGCUUUCAUUUAAACCUGAUCAGAAGUCAGUGGGAAUGUUUUCUAAAUGAAAUAUUUAUUGGGUUGGUUAUAUUGAUUUUAAGUAUAUUUUUAUUUAUGUAAAGCAAGGUAUUUUACUCCUUGUGAUUUUGAUUCGCUGUUAAUAAAUUGUAAUCAUGGCCUAAA